GGCUCCGCGGCCGCCGCCAUGGCGCGCGCGGCCUGGGCGACGCUGCUGAGCGUGGCCCUGUGCGCGGGCACCGUGCCCUGCGCCGCCGCCGCGUCUCUGCACCGCGACUACUGCGUGAUCGGGGCCGGCCCGGCGGGCUUGCAGAUGGCCUAUUUCCUGCAGCGAGCCGGCAGGGACUACGUGGUCUUCGAGCGCGGCCACGCGCCCGGCAGCUUCUUCGCGCUCUACCCGCGGCACCGCAAGCUCAUCAGCAUCAACAAGCGGCACACGGGUAAGUCCAACAGCGAGUUCAACCUCCGCCACGACUGGAACUCGCUGCUCAGCCACGACCGCCGGCUGCUCUUCCGCCGCUACUCGCGCGACUUCUUCCCGCACGCCGACGCCAUGGUGCGCUACCUGGAGGACUUUGCCGCCCUGCUGGAGCUGCGCGUGCAGUACAGCACGGCCAUCAUCCACGUCACGCUGCACGCGGACCCGCGCGCCUGGAACGGCCACGUCUUCGUCCUGACGGACCAGAGCAGGCAGCAGUACGAGUGCAGCACUUUGUUGGUAGCCACUGGCACCUGGGUCCCCAACGUGGUGAACUUCCCUGGCUCAGAAUAUGUUGAGGGCUAUGAGACUGUGUCCAUCAACCCGGAGGACUUUGCUGGCCAAACUGUGUUGAUCCUGGGCCGAGGGAACUCUGCCUUUGAGACGGCGGAGAACAUUCUGGGCGUCACGAAUUUCAUCCACAUGGUGAGCCGAUCCCGGGUUCGCCUCUCCUGGGCCACCCACUACGUUGGAGACCUGAGAGCAAUUAACAAUGGCCUGCUGGACACGUACCAGCUCAAAUCUCUUGAUGGGCUUCUGGAGGGCGACCUGGAAGAUCUGGCUAUUGUCAGGGACAAGAAGGGGAAGUUGCACAUCACGCUGCGUUUCUACCUGGAGAACAGGAACACCAGUGCGGGCAUUGACUCCAUCACCCUCCCGCAGGACGAGCUGGAUAAUUUUGCCACCCGUGCUCCUUAUGACCGUGUCAUUCGCUGCCUGGGCUGGAAAUUUGACUUUGCCAUAUACAACAGAUCCCUUAAAUUGAUGCCAGGAAAAGGGAAUAAAAGUAAGUAUCCUCAGAUCAAACCCAGUUAUGAGUCCAGAGGCACACGGGGGCUCUUCGUUCUUGGCACUGCUAGCCACUCUGUUGACUUCAGGAAAUCUGCCGGGGGCUUCAUCCAUGGAUUCCGGUACACAACUCGUGCAGUCCACCGCUUACUGGAAAACCGCCACCACGGUGUCCCCUGGCCAGCCACAGCCCACCCUAKUACACAGUUGACCAAUUCCAUCAUCAAGCGGGUGAAUGAGGCCUCAGGCCUCUACCAGAUGUUCAGUGUCCUGGCUGACAUCAUUCUGCUGAGAGAGAAUGCUACAGCAUUUGAAUACCUGGAGGAAUACCCAGUUGGAAUCCUGGCCGAACUGGAAACACAUACAGGGAGAAAAGCUGCCAACGGGCUGUUUGUCAUCAUCAUGGAGUACGGGAGGAACUUCUCUGGGGCCGAUAAAGAUGUCUUCUACUACAACCGAGCUGUAGGGGAGGCCCAGCACGCCUGGCAGUCCAACUUUCUGCACCCUGUUAUUUACUAUUACAAACACCUCCCAUCAGAGCGGGAGAUGAGACUUCGCCCCCCCGACUGGCCUCUCCCCCGCCCAGAUGCCAUCCAUCACAUUGUGGAGGACUUUCUGACAGACUGGACAGCCCCAAAUGCUCACGUCCUGCCACUGAGACGCUUUCUGGAGAACUGCCUAGGCACCGACCUGCGCAAUUUCUUUGCAGAAUCCUGUUUCCUGUUUGCCUUCACUCGUCAGAAGCUGCCUCCCUCCUGUCAGCAGGGAUAUGUGAGAAUGCAGGGGCUUGUGGGCACCRCGAGACUCCGGGGCCAUGCCGUGGCAGCUGGCCUGCUGGAGAACUACACUGUUACGCACUUGGCAGGUGACAGACUCCUUGGCAGCCGUGAGGGGUCACAGGACCAAUUGCUACCAGAUCAUGCAAUGCCAGUCCGUCCACUGCAGCAUCUUGUUAAUGCCAAGGAUGAACUUUAACCUUCUCACUCCAACUGAAAUCCGUAGGUGCUCUUGUGACAAUAUUGUAACAGAGAUCUACAGCAGGACUCUUCUCUUUUCCAUAUGCCUUUUUCAUGCCCAUCCCUCCCACCGAUCACAAAUUGCCAAAGACCUGCUCAGAUCUUGCUGUUACAAAGAGGACCAAUGUGUUCUGGAGGCUAAGCCAGCAAGUCCAGUGAUGCUAAGGUUUCUGCUUUGAACUUGCAGAGUUCAAAGUUGCCUGAAGACAGUGUUUAUCUCACAGACCAAUACGUGCAGCAGUGUCCCGAGAGGAGAGUGCAAGAGUGCCCAGAGAAUUUAAAAUGUCACAUCCCUCUUCUGAGGCGACACGCUUGUGUUUUGCAGCAGGCUGGUGCAGACUCUGCCAACGGGGUGUUGUAUGCCACGCGUCCUCGAAGAUUUGCUCGUAUGCUGGAUCCAGAAAUGGCACUCUAGGCAAACCUCACAGAUAAGUGGGGUUUUUUGAUUGUUUUGUUUUGUUUUGUUUUUCUCCRGCAUUUGAAUGGUGGCCAGUUGUGCAGCUUGAGUAGAGAGAGAUGGUAUUUUUUUAGUUAGAGUGUAAGCAGGGAUAUUUGUCAUUUCCCAGAGAGGACUGCUAGGUAUUAAGACCGCUCUUUCAGGGGGUUAGACUAGAUGAUCUCUAGAGGUCCCCCAGCCAUUCUGUGGUUUCUUUUCUGUACCUUUCCCUCCACAGUGGAUGAGCAGCUUGCCUAGAAAGCCUAGGACGUACUGAGAGUCGCACUGAAAUUGGCCCUGCUGUCCACCCAAUUCUCCCACACCAAACAACUUGAAGUGUUAGCCCCUGUGUUUUAUAAAGCAUGAUCAGUAUUUCUCCUAUUUGCACUACAUCCCAUCAAGAAAGUUUGAGGUGGGUUUUGAUGUUGUUGAAAAUCUCAAACUCUAUUACUUUAUUUCCCCUCCAGUCACCUUGAGGUGUUAACAAGCGUUGACUGGUAGCUUGUCUGCACUUUAUUGCUCCCUCUUUGUCAGCCAUACAUACCGGUCUGUCGCUCCCUGGUGGUUCUUUCCAAGAUCUUGCACUUGUAAAUCAAGAGCAGUUGAGAGCUCAACCUUGCAAUGUCCCUGUGGAUUCUAGGAAUAGACAAGGGGCAAGACAGAACAGGCUCUUACCUCCACACACACAUGCUCCAACCACUUAGUACAUAAGAGAAUAUCCCUUUGCACUUGUGCUUACUUAUACCCUGGACUGAGCUAGGGCUCUACCUUGAUGUACCUCAAGCUCACGAUUCUUCAAAUUUGGCUGUUUCUGUGAAACCUCAGUUUAUGUAAGUCUCCUGCUUCAUGUUUGGAGAGGCUGGGGAACAGAGGCGGUGAGUGAUAUGAGAAGGGGGUUCUUGCUCCUUUUUGUGAACAGUAGACCAUGCUGCUGAUGCUCCUGCUACCAAAAGAUCUUUUGCAGCUCUUACGUGCUGUUAAGAAAAAAAAUGCCAUGUCCUCAGUUGGUGCAGAUCAUCAUCGCUCCACAAACUUUACAUUCCAUUCCUGCAUCUCCAAGGCUGGCCCAGUGGCUCUCAUGAACUCUAGUUGUUUGGCGAGUGCUAGUACGUGCUCCAACUUUGGCACCAUGGGCUUCCUACUGAUCCAGGAGCAGGCCAGAGCUGGURACUCGCUGUCACCUAGAGGCCUCUUUCAUUUCCUGUACGUGCUGACAUGAAGAGCAGCCCUGUCGUACACAGAUGCACACACCUUCUCUAAACAUUUUCUCUUCCAUUCUCAAAUUCCCUCAAGAGAUCGGAAAACUGUAAAUUUUCAGCGUAUGUGUUGCCUUAAAUUGUGAUUCUGCUUAGAAAAGCGACUGACAGAAAAGGCACCCCUGGCUCUUCCAGCAUCUCCGUGUAUGUCUCCAGGGCUGAACCUGCCAAGUUCCCCGUUGGAGCUCGUGGGACGGAGGUCACGGAGGAGCAAGAGGCAGGGCCCGCCUGCCGUCACUUGUCGCAGYGGGAUUGCACU